AUGGCCCUCAGCAAACCUAGUACAUCAAAAAUAAAGGAUAACUCUCACACGUUUAACGAAGAAUGGGAACCAAAAUACUUUUUCACCAAGAGCAAAGCCCGCAAACCAGUGUGUCUCAUUUGCUCAGCAACAGUAGCUGUUGCUAAAAAAUAUAAUUUAGAGCGGCAUUUCAAACAAAACCAUGCGAAAUUCGAAAAAGAGUAUCCAGUGGGGUCAGCUUUAAGGACAGAUUUUAUAAAGAAAAAGAAGAAAGAACUAUUUUCACAGCAAAAUAUUUUUGUAAAACAACAUGACGAAUUGGAAGCCAUGGUCAAAACAUCGUAUGAAAUAUCUUUACUCUUGGCUAAAAAGAAAAAGCCGUUUUCUAAUGCGUACAUUAUAAAACAGAGUUUUUCCGCAGAACUGCAAAGAUCAAAGGGUUAA